AUGAAUGGCAUUGUGAAUAAUUUCUCCCAAUAUGCCUUCUUUCUAAUGAUACAUGUCUCUGAUAAUGAUUUCAAUGGUAAUGAAAUCAGCCAAGAACUAGAAAAUCAAAUCCUUACAAUUUCCACGGAUCGAUAUGCCGAAGAAAAACGCAAAAUUUUAGUAUUGUACAAGGAUACCCAAAAAAAGACGGGUCAAAGGGCGCGUGAUACAUUGAAUAAGCGUAACGCUUCACCUUCACCCAUACUAUCCUUAUUUGCAGAAGAGAUUAAUGAAAAUGACAUAUGUGAAAUGCGCGCAUUUGCUUGCGACGUCGAUAACUUCUUUAAAGAGCAUUUACGCGACCUCUCAGAGUUGGAUCAAUCCGAAGAGUUCACUCAGCAACGUAUCAGACAGCAGAUUGAAGAUAAUGAUAUCUCAAUCCAUGAUUUUUUGGCAGGAAUUAGUUAUUCUUGCAAAGGUCAUGGUUACGAGGACAUUACUGUUUCUCAAAAACUUUAUUCCGUUGACAUCAAGACUCGGAGAACGCCUACCGAACUUGGGCAACAGAAGGAGAGACUAUGCAAAUGUCCUAGCUUCAAGAAUGACGGAUCCAAACCGUCAACUACUUGCCAUUUCUAUUAUCGGCUUAGAGAGCUCAGGCAAGUCUACCUUGUUGAAUUACCUCUUCAAAUGCG